AUGUUGGAUGUAGACGAAAUACCUGAAAGACCUAAUGUAAAAACGUUUGAUAGUUUUUUAUCAGGAUUAGUUGGUGGUUUAGCAGGUUUAGCCGUGGGCCAUCCUUUUGUAAAAGUUAGAUUACAAUCUCGUGAGUUGGCUUCUCGAUAUAAAGGCACAUGGAAUUGCUUUAUAACAACUAUUAAACAAGAAAAAUUUAUUGGAUUGUAUAAAGGAAUGGUUGCUGUAGCAGGUGUUAAUGCUUUAGUAUUUGGAUCUUAUACUUGGCUAAUUAACUUUCAAGAAAAUUAUAAUUCAACUAUAAACGAAAAGAAGGAAAAUAAUAUAACUUCUUUAAAGCAUGUAUUUAUUGCUGGAAUGGGUGCUGGUGUAAUAACAAGUCUUAUUACUUGUCCAAUGGAAUUAGUAAAAGUGCAACUACAAAAUCAAACAAAAGUAAUGACGAUAAAAGGUCCUAUUGAUUGUUUAAAGAAAUUAUACGGAACAGGUGGAAUAAGUUAUUGCUUUAAAGGAAUGAUACCCACCAUGUUACGUGAACUUAGCUUUGGCCCCUAUUUUUUGACUUAUGAAUUUAUUUGCAGAGCUCUGACUCCAGCUUCAGAAUUAAAGAAUGGUCACGUUGAUCAUGAACUUACGGGCCCAAAAAUUAUUUUAGCAGGUGGAUCAGCUGGUAUCAUUGCUUGGUGUUCUACUUAUUUUGCUGAUGUGGUAAAAACAAGAGUUCAAACAGAACCUGAAAGAUAUAAGGGCUUUAUGGAUUGUAUUAUACGAUCUUAUAGAACUGAGGGAUGGCGUAUAUUUUUUAGAGGUUUGACACCUACUAUCUUAAGAGCUUUCCCUUCCAAUGCUGCAACUUUUUUUGCGUAUACAUGGACAAUGAAAUUCUAUCAAACAAAUCAAUUAACCACAUUGAAGAAACAAGAUGAAGCAAUUAUUUUAUGA